CCAAAGCAGAGAGCCUGCGAUCCACUGGUUCGUUUUCCCGUACGAUCCACUAUUUUCCCCGUGCUGUAAUUCUUCUUCUUCUGCCAUGACGGACGAACCUCUCGCCAAGAGGCGGCAACUGCUCCCCGAGCCAGGGACGAACGACAAGAUUUCGACAGAGACGUCUUCGUCGGCGUCCCGUUCCGCGCAAGAAACGGAACAGUCGGAAGCUCCGGGAUCUGCAGACUCUCCUUUGCCUCCCGCGAGGGAAUCGGACGCGAGCAUCAAACUACCGUGCGAUGAUAACAUCGAUGGAAGCCACCCGACUCGGAACGAAACGAAAGAGUCAGCAGCGGAGAUCGGAACAAAUGCGGGCAACAGCAGCAACGACGACAGCCACAGGAGCGCUCGCGAGGACCCGAACCACCGCGGCGGCGACAAGGGCGAGCCGGAUCGCACCAGCAAGGACUACUACUUCGAUUCCUACGCCCACCACGCGAUCCACGAAGAGAUGCUGAAGGACGAGGUCCGCACCCGGACCUACGAAAUGGCCAUCAAGCAGAACGGCCAUCUCUUCCGCGACAAGAUCGUCCUGGACGUCGGCUGCGGGACCGGGAUCCUGAGCAUGUUCGCCUCGCAGGUGGGCGCGAGGCACGUGUACGCCGUCGACUGCUCGUCGAUCGCGCACCAGGCACGGCGAAUCGUGGAGCGAAACGGAUUCGGCGACAAGAUCACCGUCAUCCAGGGGAAGAUCGAAGAGAUCGAGCUCCCCGUGCCGGAAGUCGACGUCAUUGUCAGCGAGUGGAUGGGGUAUUUCUUGUUGUACGAAUCGAUGCUGGACACCGUCAUCUAUGCAAGGGACAAGUGGCUGGUGAAAGACGGGACGGGGAUUGUUUUUCCGGACAAGGCCGUAAUGUAUAUAUCCGCGCUGGAAGACGGGCAGGUGAAACGGGACCGGAUCGAGUUUUGGGAUAACGUGUACGGGUUCGACAUGACUCCCAUCAAAGACAUUGCCCUGAAAGAACCGGUGGUCGACGUGGUAGAUUCGAAAGCAGUUGUGUCGGACGCCGUCCCCAUAUUGCACCUCGACAUAUUGACGUGUCGAAAGGAAGACGUCGAAUUCGCGGCAUCGUUUGAACUGACGGCAAACCGAAACGAUUACGUUCAUGCAUUGGUCGCUUACUUUGAGUGCGCCUUUACACAGGUGCACAAACCGAUCGGAUUCUCCACCUCGCCCUUUUGCCGGUAUACCCAUUGGAAGCAAACCAUAUUCUAUCUGCCCGAGAACCUGGUAGUUUGCGACGGCGAAAGGAUAGCGGGCGACAUUGCGUGCAAACCAAACAAGAAAAACAGAAGAGAUCUGGACAUUGCCAUUUCCAUCUCGGUCGAUGGAAAGCACAACAAAUCCGCAUUUUCGGUCGACUAUCGCUUGCGGUGACGGGCGGGGGGAAACGAAAGUUUGCAGCCACACAUUCACGGUUCCAAUCGAAACGAAAAAUAGAUAGUCGGCAUGGUUUUGUUGGAAAAUAUCUCCGAAAAAAAAAACGAUGGAGAAUACAAACAGGGACUGACAAGGACAUGGUGCGCAAGAAAAAAAGCUAUCGUCGCAAACGUGUAGUAAGCCUCGACAAUGAUAUUCUCGUAGC